AUGGACACCCAAUCUGAUGUAGUGUUCCGCAUUCCUGACACUCUUACUUACUGGCCCUGGCCUCGCAGGAUUAAUCCUCAUCAUGAGGAAGUAAAGGCUGCGUCGGACGCUUGGUUUCGGUCCUUCAAAGCGUUCGGGCAAGAAGCUCAACGAGCAUAUGAGCGCUGUGAUUCUAAACAUCUCCGCACUGGAUGCGACAUGAUGAACCUUCUAUUUACUUUUGAUGAGUAUACUGACAAUAAACCGCCCGAAAUUGUCCGUCAAUACGCAGAUAUCGUUAUGGACGCUAUGAGACACCCUUACAAACCGCGACCUACUGACGAAAUGGUUCUUGGGGUCGUUGCACAGGAAUUCUGGGCUCUUGCUGUAAAGUCGGCCAGCAGUACCUCUCAGAAGCACUUUAUUGAAGGCUUUGAGAAUUAUGUGGCAGCUGUGGUCCAAGAAGCGGAGGAGCGGGAAUGCCAUCAUAUUCGGAAUGUCGAAGAUUACUUUGAUAUUCGUCGUCAGACUGUCGGUAUCUACCCGGCGCACGCACUGAUAGAGCUCGGCUACGACUUGCCUGACGAGGUGUUCAACCACCCAACGGUCGUUGCCCUGCGACGUCUAGGCGUCGAUAUGUUCAUCUUGGAUAAUGACCUUGCUUCGUAUAAUAAGGAACAAGCGCUGGAAGAGUGCCCUCAUAACAUUCUGAUCUGUGUUAUGAACGAGCUGAAAUGUGACCUCCAUGCCGCACUCUCCUGGGUGGAAGACUGUUAUCGGUCAACCAGGAACAAGUUUCUGAUGCUGUGGACGGAGAUACCAUCAUGGGGACCUGAGACCGACGCCAUUGCAGCUCUCUACUUGCAUGGGAUCGCGAACUGGGUCCGGGGUAAUGAAUGUUGGAAUUUCGAAUGUGGGCGGUACUUUGGAUCCAAUGGCAGAGCGAUUCAACAGCAUAGGAUGGUUACUCUUAUGCCCAAGCAGUUUUCGAUCAGCGAUCCGCUUCUAAUACACGAAUCUCAGUCCAUUUAG